AUCAUAAAACUGUUUGUAAACAAAAUUUUCUUUACUGCGGGUUCGAGUAAAUGUCGAAUUUUGCUCGAUUUGGAUAUAUUUGUUAUAAAUCGGUUCACAUUUUGGGCAUAAGAAGUGUCUUUUGAUUGCACAUUUUUGGACCGUGAAAUGUUUUAAUGUUUUGUAUUUCGAGUUUUGAUUGAUCCCGUUGCUGCAGUUUGCUGUUUUCGGGCCGCUGCUGAACGGAGGUGAAUGUAGUCAGUCCCGAGGGCUCUGGAACACAGCCAACGGAGCAGUCGCCGCGAUGCUGCCCAGCAUGCCUCUGAUAUCGACCCCGUACAAGGACGGCGCCGGCGGCGCCGACCCGGGAGGGGGGGGCGACGGAGGAGGAGACAGGGGCGCCACUCCGGGCCCCUGCACCAAGAGGUGCUCCCCGCUGAAGCACGUCACCCCGAUCCUGAAGAAGUACUCGUGCCAGCGCAAAGUCAGGGGCGCCAAGCCGACGGCCGGAUCCCCCGACCAGGUGGCUGAGAAACCCGGUCUGCGCCCCAUUGCGCCGAAGCCCGUGGUGGUCGUGAUCACGUCACAGCCACUCGCCCCGGAGGGGAGCGACGCGGCGACGGCAGCUUGCAGCGUCCAGCAGGCGGCCGUGGUGGGGCUAUCCGCUGGUGCUGCGGUCGCUGCAGAGCCUGUCAAAACCAGUGAAGCCGACACAUCAACGGAAGGAAAGAAGGCUACGGACGAACAUUCUAAACCUGAAGUAAUGAAGGACAACGAGGAAGACAUGGCAGCGCUGAUGCACUCAGCGACAAACGUGUCUGCCUCGCCGCGCGCACGGCCGGCGCUGAGCAAGAAGAAGACGAAACAGCUGAACGACAUGGAAGCCACCCUGAACAUCUUGACGGAAGUGGAGGAUGCCGCGACGAGAGAGGAGAAGGCCUACAGGUUCGCCUACGCCUACUUCAUGAAGGUGAAGGAGCGGCUGGAGGGGCGGGAGGACGAGGCCUACCAGGGCUUCGUGCAGCUGGUGAGGGAGUUCGAGCGCGCCCAGUUCCCCGUGGCGGAGCUCUACGCCCGGGCCGUGCGUCUCCUGGGACGCCACGCGGACCUGGCCGGCGAGUUCCUGGCCUUCCUGCUGCCCGAGCAGGCGCUGCAGUGCGGCCGGCUCGUGGAGCACCUGCUGCUCACCAAGAUGCGCGACUUCUUCCGCAAGCUCGAGAGCUACUUCGCCAAGCAGCCACACCACUUGAAGAAGAUCCACUCCAGCCUGUCCAUGCUGAGCAACCAGGCCAACGUGACGGUGGGCGACGUGCAGAGCACCAUCCUGCCCCUGCUCAAGGGCAACACGUACCUCACGCACAGCUUCCUGGAGCUGCUCCCCCAGGAGUGUCCCCCCGACAGCAUGAUGACGGAGUUCGAGUCGGUGCAGUGCUGCGACGACGGCGAGAGCGAGGAGGAGCUGUUCGAGACGGUGGACGUUCCGGACCGCGCCGACGACCCGUACGGCGGCGGCAACUGCUGCUGCCCGUGCCACGACUCGGGCGACGAGAAGUACCGCGCGCGCGUCCUCCACUGCAUCCCCUGCGGCACCAGGUUCAUCCAUGGCAGAGUGUUUGUGGAGACCGGGAAAGGUUUGAGGCAAGCAAAGAUUAUAUUCUCGGGGAGCGACGGCAAAGCAAACAUCGAGAGGCUGACCGCGACGAAAGCGCUGCAGCGCAAGGGCAAGCGACGCAGGACGUGCAGCCACGUCAGGAAGAACGCGUCCCCCUCGAAGCAGACCUCGGCGGUCGCCAGGACGAGCGGGGAGGACGGCUCCGCGGAGAACCCGGGCGGGCAGGCCGCGUCGGGGGCCUCGCUGCCGGCGCUGGCCCGGUCGAGGGCGCGGACCACGAUAGUGUCCCAGAAGGCAAGGGAAGCGAGCGUGAGCGUCGCCCCCUCGGGCCCGCCCGCGGGGAGGAAGGACUCGAAGCAAAGCCCGGGCGAGCUGGGCAGGCAGGUGGCGUCCGUCCGGCUGUGCCGUGUGCUGAGCUCCGUGUGCAGCUACACCAUCGUGCCAGGUUCCGGGAGCGGCACGAGAGCGAGCGCGUCGCCGGCACGGACCAAGGGAAAGACGGCCGUCAGGGCCCGUCCCGGCGCGACGGCCGCGGGCUUCAGGGCGUCGGCGGCAGCCGCAAGACAGGUCGCCGGGCUUCUCAAACCCCAGCAGCAGCAGCGGCAGAAGAAGUCGGCAGACUCUGCGAGCCGCCUGCCGGCUUCCAGUCCCGACGCCAGUAAACCACUCGCAGCAGAUUGCAAUCUGGAUGCGGCACGCAGCAUGGAAACGGUCGGUAGGAAAAAGAGACCCGCGAACGACGUUGACGCCGAAACGUCGGAGACCGAAGACGGCGUGCAGGUCCGCAAGUCGGCCAAGCGUGCCCACGAUCAAGCGGCGUCCGAGAAGACAGAUGCACAGAGCCACAAGAACUACGUGACUGCCGGCCGAGGAAAUAUUAACGCUCCAGAAGUUUUGGCUGAAAAUGUUGUGGCAGAAGUAGGAGGGAAAGAAACAACGGAAAAGGAAGUGGGAGAAAAUAUAGAGUUGCAGGACUGUGAAGAGCCUAAGUCAGGAGAAAAUGAACAUCUAGUGAGAGUAAUCAGUGAUGAACUGAAACAUGACGAAGACGCAGAGUGUGCGAGAGAAGCAGUGGGAGCAAAUGACCAGCGUACAGGUGAAGAAGCUGUUGCAGCAAUCGGAGAUGUGGUUGAAGUAGCAGUUCCUGAUGAGCACGUGACAAGAAGUGACGUGAAGACUUGUUUAGUGCCCCUAGAGUUUGUGCCGGCAACUGACGGGUAUAAAUGUGAGAAAGAUACAAAACAGUGUCAGGAAGCACAAGGGGGAGGGGUGAAAAAACAUCAAAAUUGUGUGGAAAACCAUGACGAAGGUUUAACCGUGGUGGAAAUGAGUUGCGAUCCAAAAUGUGGAGAUAGCACGGAAACUGUGAAUCAAUGUGAGAUGGUGAAAAUGACUGAGCACAAAGACACAAUAAUGGACUUUGGGAAAUCUCAAGAAGACUGUAAAAGUAACAAAGUUACACGACAAAUAGGCGUAGAAGAAAGAAUAUUAAUGGAUGUAAGUGAUGAAUGUAAAUCUGAAGAAGAUUUAGAGAGGCAUAAAGUAGUACAAUUGGUGAUGAAGAGGGAGAGAAUAUUCGACAGUGAUGUCUCCUUGAAAUCUAAGAGAAGCAGACUAACACAUGAUGAUGAUGAUGACAAUUCAGAGAAAUUUGCUACAGAAGUAUUGGAGAUGAACAUUGAAUCUGAUAACGAAAAUGGAACACAAAAUAUCCAUGAGGUUGUUGAAGAGAUUGUCAGUGUUUCAGAAGAGUUGGAUGUGAGAAAAAGGAAGAAUUCAGAAGAGUUGGAUGUGAGAAAAAGAAGCAAGACUGAGGAUGAUGUGGGUGGGUGCGAAGAAAUAAAAUUGAAUGACAUGAGUUUAGAGGAAAAUUUAGACUCUGAUGAAAUUUUAGUAGACAUGAGUGAUGAAAAUAAAUGUGAAGACUCAAUGGAAACAAAUAAAACUGGGGUGUCGGUGUCUGGUAUCAAUGGUGAGGAUAAGCAUGAAGAAGUUGUGUUGAGUGAAGAAUACAAAUGUGAGGAUGGUGUAAAUAAAUGUGGAUUAGAUGUAGAGACAAGCAUUGAGCCAAAGUGUGGUAAUGUAGCUGUAGUAAUAGACAUAGGUGAUGAGUUCAGGUGUGAGGAUGAUGAAGACAAAUGUGAAGAAAUGGUGGUUGGUGGCAUUGAUAGUGAAGAGAAGUGCAAUGAAAUCACAUUGAAUGUGAGUGAAGAGUACAAAUGUGAGGAUGGUGUGAAUAGAUAUGAAAAUACAUAUGUGGAAACGGGCAUUGCCCAGCAAAGUGACAGAGAAAUAGCAACAGACGUUGGAAUUGAACAUGAGGGUGAUUUAGAUGAACACGAAGAAAGAGAAAUUAUCGACGGGAACAGUGAACAGAAUUAUGAUGACUUGGUGAUGUCAUUGACAAAUACUAGUUGUGAUAAAUGUGAGGACAAUGCAAAACAAUGUGAAGAAGAAACUUUGGAAGGUGAGCAGGUGUGCGGUGACGAAAACAAAGCAUCAGCAGAUGAGCGAAGAGGUGAGAAUGCUGCACUGAAGUGUGAAGAAAUCGAGGUAGUCGAGAUGAACAUUGAACAAGAAGUGGGCGAAGAUAAUGUGAACCCGCUUCCUUGGACAAGAGAUGAGGAUAAAGUCAUCCUUGAAACAUUUCAGUUAUGUUCCAGCAUGGACCGUGCAUUUGACAGCAUCAGCGAGCAGCUACCAACUCGCACGACUGAAGAGAUCCGUGUCAGGUUUCAGACCCUCAUGAACCUGCUCCAGCAGUUGACUGGGAGUUCAGUGAACGAAGGUGCCGGCGGCAGCUCUGGUUGAUUGCCCCAGCGCGACGAUGAGUGGAAGUGAAUCCAAGCCUGUUGUCCAUUCGUGCGCGCUCGAAUUAAUUGAAACUGGGCUAUGCAAAUUUUUUUUUUUAAAGUUGAAACUCAGAUUUAUUUAUAGCAAGUUUUAAAUGGUACACAGCUGUUAAAGAUGAGUACCUGAACUGUGUGUGUGUGUGUGUGUGUGAUUGGAGAGAUUUUCAAAAUAAAUAUUUUUUUUUUUGUUCUGUCUA